ACUAAAGGCAAAUAUAAAGACGUAGGGCGGGAUUUUGUCAAGGUUCCCUCUACCUCUUGGAUUUCCAACUAUUUUAAUGCAGCCACGACAUUUGGACAAGUCAGACGAAUUAUCUGACUUGUCGGAUGAUGAUUAUGUUCCUUAUAUACCAGUGAAGCAACGUAAACAACAGGAGGUAAUGUGCUUCAUCUUUCAUUCGGUGUUUUAUCUGAUUACAAUGCUUAGUUUUAAGUGUUUGAGGAGACUACGAAAAGGCGAAUAUUCUUAUGUUUGAAUUACCAUAGAAAGUAUUAGAUUUUUAAACAUAAAUAAGUGUUUCACUCUUGAUUUAUACGUGGCCUAGGAAUGUUUCUCAUCCAAACUGUCUUUGUUUUUAUUACUCUGAGUAUUGUUCUUUACUUUCAAGUAAGAAGCCAUUAAAAACAAGAAUUGUUUGUGAGUAGUUUAUCGAUCUAGAGUCUCGGAAAUAUUCUGUGCAUGUGCAGUUGUAAUACAAUUCUAUCUCCUUAGUGGUUGGAGUAGUAGUUUUGACCAUUCAAUACAUUUAACAAAACACCAAAUAGUUAAUAUGCAUUCGAUCGUAAUGUGAAUCCUUAAAAAAGUUGAGUGUAUCAAUCACUGAUAACUCGACUGGUUAUGUAAACAUCAGAUGGAACGAGUUACUAACAAUGUCUUAGGGUUAAUGCUUAAUUUCUGACUACCUCUCGGAAAUUAUUUUACUUUUUUUGUCUACGUCAUAUUCUCCUACUAAGCUGGGGCCAUAUUUGUGAAACUUAGUGUGGGCUGUUUCUGUUAAAAUGAAAAGUAAAACUUUGGCCAAUAUCAGAUUCCGUAUACAAACUCAAACUUACGUCACUUCAGCGUGUAUUAGGUAAUCUUGCGUACACUGAAGUACCUGAGGAGGAACUAGACCAGGGUAAUACAGCAGAACAAGUUGAAGAUGAUUCGGAGGGUGUGACAAAAAAGUCGUCUGAUGACAAACAUCACGGACCUAAUGCCCAGGGUAGUUUAUUUGAUAGAAUGUGGGAAUUAAAGCGAAAAGCUGAAGAAAGGAAGGAAACAGAACGGGAUAAAAAGUUAAAGGAAGAAGCUAAGAUUUUAGAAAGUGUUGCUGAAAAGACUGCUUUGAAAGGUGUCGCAGAACUAGCAAAAGGCAUUCAGUAUGACAAACCUAUUCAAACCAGCUGGGUACCACCCGUAUAUAUCCAGGAACAAAGUGAAGACAAAUCUGAAGAAAUCCGCAAAAACUUUAGGAUUUUAACUGAAGGUGAUGAUGUACCCCCUCCGAUUCGACAUUUUAGUGAAAUGCGUUUUCCAAAGGCUUUAAUUGAUUUACUGAAACUACGAGGAAUAACAAAACCUACACCGAUUCAAAUGCAAGGUUUACCAGCUGUGUUAAGUGGUCGAGAUAUGAUCGGAAUUGCAUUCACCGGCUCCGGAAAAACAAUGGUGUUCUCAAUACCAGUUAUAUUAUUUUCUAUGGAUCAAGAACAGAAAAUUCCAUUUAUUCAAAAUGAAGGACCUUACGGUUUAGUUUUAGGUCCAUCUCGUGAAUUAGCUCGACAAACACAUGAAGUAAUCUGUAGCCUUAUUGAUGGUUUGGUCAAAGCUGGUUUCCCAUCUAUUCGUUGUUGCUUAUGUAUUGGUGGUAUGGCUGUUAAAGAACAAGCAGAUAUUGUUAAAAGGUCUGGUGUUCAUAUUUUGGUUGCUACACCAGGUCGUUUAAUAGAUUUACUUCAACGUAAAAUGAUCAAUUUAGAAGUAUGUCGUUAUCUUGUUUUGGAUGAAGCUGACAGAAUGAUUGAUAUGGGUUUUGAAGAAGAAGUUCGAACUAUAUUUUCCUAUUUUAAGGGACAACGUCAAACACUUUUGUUCUCUGCUACUAUGCCAAAGAAAAUACAAAAUUUCGCCAAAUCAGCCUUGGUAAAACCUGUCACUGUUAAUGUUGGCCGAGCUGGAGCGGCUAGUAUGAAUGUCACUCAAGAAGUGGAAUAUGUAAAACAUGAAGCGAAAAUUCCUCAUUUACUUAGUGCUUUACAGAAAACUCCACCUCCUGUUAUUAUAUUUGCUGAGCGUAAACAAGAUGUGGAUGCUAUACAUGAAUAUCUUCUUUUGAAAGGUGUUGAAGCAGUUAGUAUUCAUGGUGGAAAAGAUCAAGAUGAACGUGUAUCAGCUGUUACGGAAUUUAGAGCUCAUCAUCGUGAUGUCUUAGUUGCUACAGAUGUGGCUAGUAAAGGUUUGGAUUUUCCAGAAAUUAAUCACGUAAUCAACUACGAUAUGCCUGAGGAUAUUGAAAAUUAUGUACAUCGCAUCGGUCGUACUGGUCGUGGUCAUCAACGUGGUUUAGCCACAACAUUUAUCAAUAAAUCAGUGGAUGAAUCCACUUUAUUAGAUCUAAAACAUUUACUCAUAGAGGCUAAUCAACCUGUACCAGAAUUCCUUGUUGAAUUGGCAUCAGCUACUGAAGUUGAACUUGAAAUGGGUGGUGAAGUUGGCUGUGCAUAUUGUGGUGGUUUAGGUCAUCGUAUAACACAUUGUCCAAAAUUAGAAGCAAUGCAAAAUAAAGCUGCUAUUAAUCUGGGUCGUAAAGAUUUUUUGUCUUCUGCAGAUUAUUAACAUAUUAUCAUUAUAUUACUAUUAUCAUCUGAUAAGCUGAAUAAAGCCAAACAUUUGAUAGUUACUGUAAAUAAUUUAAGAAUUCAAUUUGUAAAUAAAAUCUUCAAUUAACAUUC